AUGAAUUACCAAGCCGGUUCAGGCUCUAAUCUGGGGAAUAACCCAACUAAUCCCGUUGUCUCUGAUCUCAAUGGUGUAGAAGAAACAGAAAAAAUAAAGGUGGAACUCUCGAAACAAUUGGAAUACCUAUGCAAGUCGUUAGAGGAAAAGUUCAAAGCAAUGGAAAGUGUUGGCUAUCACUGCGAAAUCGAUACUAAAGAUUUGAGUUUGGUUUCAAACUUAAUACUUCCUCUUAAGUUCAAAACUCCAGAGUUUGAGAAAUACAACGGGACUAGCUGUCUCGAAGCUCACAUCACCAUGUUCUAUAGACGAGUGGCAGGCUAUGUCAAUAAUGACCAAUUAUUGAUUCACUGUUUCCAAGAAAUUCUGGUUGGGGUAGUAUCUAAAUGGUACAACCAAUUGAGCCGUACCCAGAUCAAUUCAUGGAAAGAUCUACCACAAGGUUUCGUGAAGCAGUAUAGUCACGCGACGGGCAUGACUCCUGAUAAAAUCAACUUGCAGAACAUGGAAAAGAAACCAAAUGAGAGUUUCCAGCAAUACGCCCAAAGGUGGAGGGAAGUUGUCAUACAAGUCCAGCCACCUCUCCUAGAAAAAGAAACCACCAUGCUAUUCAUCAAUACCUUAAAGGCUCUAUUGAUCACUCAUAAGUUGGGGAGCGCUACUAAAAGCUUGUCAGAUAUAGUGAUGACCAGUGAAAUGAUUGAAAACACAAUAAGAAGCGGGAAGAUAGAUGCGAGAGAAAGUGCCAAGAGGUCAACCUCAAAGAGAAAUGAAAAUGAAGUGAAUAAUAUGAGCAAAGGGUAUUACAAAUCAGUUACUGUAGGCCAACCGAAUAUAGUAACCACCAACCAUCGGUCUCUUCGAGACAAGUAG